GGAAUUGGGACUUUGAUUGGGAGGAUGAGAGAGAUAUCUAUCUAUGUGGGUAGUAGUCUCUGUCUAUAUGUUCUACCUCGCCUCAUUUGAGCACCGAGAAUCGAGAAUUGUAAUGUGAUUGGCUGGAUAUGUAGAUAUAAGUAUGCAGUCUUGAUUGCGUAUCCAUUGAGGUUUUGAGAUUGCAAUCACGAGUCCGAAAGAGAUAUGAUUGGUCACCUGAACUGCAACGUGGCUGCCCAUAUAGGUAGGUACUAUGUAUGUAAGCAUGCAGGCGAGAUAUCGAUUCAUCUUUGAGAGUCACUGUUGGCCACCUUUUCAACCUGCUCACUUUAUUGUAUUCACAAGAUAUAUUUUGCGAACUAUGUCUUCGGCGGAAAAGAGAUCUGGAGUCGAUAGUGACCAGGGUACGGAUAGGAAGAGGCGCAGAUUGGAACUGGGAGCGAGGGAAUCUGGUGCAAUGGAAAGCUUGUCGUCGGAUGCUGUUAGAACGGAUGUCAUGGAAGUGAGUGGUGUUCGUCAAGCUCAAGAGCGGGUAAAUUCUGAAAUCCUUGCGGAGGGUAACGACGAAGAAGGAAAUGAAAAUCUGGAGAUUGAUGGCGCUUCAACAAAUAACUCGGCUCACUAUCCUGACCAGGAUUUCGGUGUCAGAAGUGGUGCAGAUGGGUUGAGAGGAGAGUCAUCUCUUGAAAACGAGGGACAUGAAAUUAUCGAAACGCGUGUUUUAGACGACUCGGAUAACUGCCAUGUCAACGAUGACAGAAAUGUGGAUGUGGAUGAACAUGAUUAUUAGGUCUCUUUAAUGGAACAUGAAGAGAAUAAAGAAGGGGGUUGGGACGGCUAUCCGGGGUUUUCGAGAAUUAUUUCUGAUUUGGAGAUGAAAUUUUCUUCAUAUACUCGAUGGCCAAUUGAAAAUCCCCGAGUUACCGAAGAGAAAAUAGAGAGCAAUAACGAAACAACCACGGCA